AUCAGAUGUUUGUCAUCGUGAACACACCACUCGCCGCUGUACUUUGGGAAGCCGGUAGUUGAGCCUGUGAUUUUCUUUGGGAUUAGGUAUUUUUUUCAAAUUGUAAAGGGAGUUGGACUAUUUCAACUGAAGACAGACGUAAUGUUACCCACUCUUCUAUAAUCAAUCAAACAUGCACGUACAAUAUGCUAGUAUGUUUUAUGAAAACAUCUCUUUUUAGGAUACCAACUGGUGAAAUUCUCACACUGCACACGUGACUAUUUCUUUAAACUUUAAACGUUCGACUUCGUAAUUGGUGUAAAAGAUUUAAUAUAUGUGUCUCAUCAAGAUUGAAAUUAAAUUUUAAUCAACUUAUUUGUCAAUACUUGAGGCCUAAUGUCGGAUCGAAAAAUGCUGUUUAGACAAACAACUAUGUUUGUUAAACUUUUUUUGGUAAUCGUAUUAUAUGUGGAUUCUUCAUUUGGGAAUAACUCCUCAGAUAUCACAGGUAAGUUAUAUUUUUGUGAGUGUGAGCUCUGCCGUGGACUUAAUUUAGUAUAAUAGAAUUGUAAUUUGUAUGUUAUAAUAAUAAUACUGAAUAUAGCUAUCCUGCAGGCCCUGGUGUAGUAGUCUAUUAAAAAAAUAGUUCGUUAACAGUAUAUGGUCACUACUCACAUUGUCCCAUCAUUACUUAAACUUAAUAUUGGAUUAGGAUACGAUUUUUUGAAAAUAAUAUACAUGCCUUUCAAACUGUACACACGAUUUUUCAGAUUUAGAUUGUGGACCUUCUGAGUUCGCCUGUAUUAGUAGUAAUAAAUGUGUAACUUUGUCUUGGAAAUGUGAUGGAGACCCUGAUUGUCCUGAUGGUGAAGACGAGAAAAACUGUUGUAAGUUUUCUUUUAAUAAAUUAUUACCUUCUCCUACACUGACUACUACUAGUAUUUGACUAUUUCAUGACUACUAAUACUAAACUUUAUCAUGAUUUCAUCACUCAAUUUUUUGGUAGAUAGUAGACAGAUAAGCAUUUUCUGAUUAUCAUACUGAAUCAUACCGGUUCUUGAUUAGUUGUUUAAAGGGUCUUUGCGUUUUAUUCUUGAAUUCUGUUCGAGAUGAUUUUUCUUUGAAUCGCAAGUUAUAUUGCGGUAAUUUAAAUAAUAUUUGUGUCUUCUUUAAUUCUUAAUUGAGUAAGAAUAGGGAGGGAGGUCAUUCAGGAAAUAGAGACGUGCUUCCAUUGGUUGAAGAAUAUCGCCUGAGUUUGUGACCUAAUUUUUCAACCAAUCGAAAUGCGCUCAGAUAAAUUGUCGGUGUUACGUACACAGAGUCACGGAUUUUUUUUUUUAAGGGGGCGGGGGUGCGAGUGGUAAAUAUGAAUGCAAUUUUGGUAAAUGUUGAAUAUUCAAGGGGCUGGUUUGCUUAAAGAAUCAUCAGUUAUUGAUUUUGUGUGUGUUGAUCAGUGAUUGGUGAUAAAGUCAUUACAAAAUCUAGAAGAAAAAAAAUGCCAAACGUUUACAAAAUUGGCAGAAAAUGGUGAAGUUUCCAUCAAACAAGUCCAAAGACGCUAAGCACUUAAAAAAACAUGCAUUCAAGUAGCGCACUUUAAUCCCAAUUAUCAAUUAGUACAAUCAGUGUUAACCCAUAAAAACCUAGAGUUACAACCUUACAUACCCAGAGUCCAGAGAAUUAUUAUCUGUGAUAAAAUAACCAAGGCCUACUAUUUAAAAUUUAGACUAGUAAAGCUGAAAGACUGAUUUUUUUACUUGCUGCUACUUGUUUACUGAGCCAUUUGAUAAAGAGUAUUACAUUACCAUUCUUUUAAUUUUUACUUAACAUGUUGCUCAUACCACAUAAGAACAAAGUAAAAUAAUUUGUCAAAUAAUUAAUUUCACUAGCAGAUAAUACAAUACGUAACAAGAGGGAAGUCCCCUUAAUCACAAAUUAGUUCAAUUAGCGAUGUCUGGAAAGUGUGUUUAAUCCCUAUAAUAUUACUAAUGCACAGUUGACACAAUCCAAUUGUUUCAAAUUUUUGCCAUAUUUCUUGUUGAAUACACUAUGCUGUAACAGGGUUUAGGUUUCAGGUUAGGUUAAGGGAUACAAUAGGACAUAAGUUCGCGGGUCGCGGUAACCAAGGUAAAAAAAACUGAGCUUAACUAAUGAGCAAAAGUUUUACAAAUUUAUAACCAGUUUACACAAAACAUUGAUUUCUCAAAAAAUAUUUUUAUUACAGCAGCAACAACAUGCACCCCUAAUUUUUUCCGGUGCAAUAAUGGUCUUUGUAUAUCUGAACGAUGGGUGUGUGAUGGGCAGGAUGACUGCAAGGAUAACUCUGAUGAAGCAACUGAAGUUUGUGCUGGUAAGUUUGUGAAAGCUGCAUUAUUUUGUCAUGUAUACGCUUUUCAUCUAAAUUUUUGUCCUUUGAAAGAAAUUGUUUUUAAUUUUAAAAUAUAAAAAAAUAACUAAUUAUAACACAGCAAUAUUUACUACUGUUUACUAAAAUUUCCAUCAGAAUUUCACUCGAUUUAGUAUUUAAAAAAUGUGUGGGCCAUAAUUGUAAAUUAUCCAAACAUAUUUUUUUUCCAGAACGUAAUACCUGUGUGAAUAAGCACAAAUGCUCAGGCACAAAUAUGUGCAUUGACCCUUCAUUGGUUUGUGAUGGUCAGCCUGACUGCCCAGAAAAAGAUGAUGAAAAAGGUACAGAUUUAGGAUCAAUGAACACAUUAUCCUCUAAGUCAUAAAAAAGUUUAAAUUUAUUUUUCCAUGAAGUAAAGAAACAUAAAGUUUAAGUUGUCGUUGUGAUGAAAUAAUUGUUGAAAACGUGUAUGAUAAUUAUUUUUUUUUGGAUUGGGUGCUGUCGUGGUGGAAAAAAAUGAAAAAAAAAAAGAGAAAAAAAGCAAAAUUUUUCCUUAAGUACCUAAACAACUACAAUGUUGGGAUAUUGUUCAUCCAAUGCACACACAAUUUUAAAUGGCUUUUCAGACUAACAAUUUUUUCAUACUUUAAAAAAUGUAUUUUCAGAUUGCUCAAAUCUUGGUUGUGAUAAAGAAACUGAAUUUAAAUGUCAUGAUAACAAUGGCCCUUGCAUUUCUUCACGUUGGCAUUGUGACGGCUCAGAUGACUGCGAGGAUGGGUCAGAUGAAAAGAAUUGCAGUAAGUAGAAUAUGUUUAUGUACUGUUUUCAAUGUUUGUUUUAAGUUGAUAAAUUUAUUGCCCUGAAGCAGUUGAGAAAGUUACUAAAUUAUUAAUACUUUCACCUAUGUAAAUUAAUAAAAUAAUUUCAAAACAAAGAUAAUUGUGCUUAUCAGCUAUUCACAUCAUAUAACAACAAAUUGGAUUUGUUUUUACAGCUAGAAAAGAGUAAAAUUGCUUUUUGCUGGGGGGGGGUGCCAAUUCUUUAAAAAAAAAUGCUCAAAACAUUUCAUUUUACAGCAUCCCAAUGUGAGAAAGGUUUUAAGACUUGUGCUGAUGGUGAAUGCAUAAACGAUCUCUGGUGGUGCGAUGGUGACGCUGAUUGUGCCGAUAAAUCGGAUGAAGCAAAGUGUGCUGAAUUGGCAGUGAAUCAAAAUUGCUCAGAAACUGAAUUCCAGUGUCAGGGAAUGUCUAUGGUUGUGCAAUGUGUUCAUAUGAACUGGGUGUGUGACGGCGAUUCCGACUGUCUUGAUGAAUCGGAUGAAAAAGAUUGUGAGUAAUUGUCACUCAUGUAAUUGUUACAGAAAUAAACAACAAUCCUAAAUUAUAUUUUACGAAAGACUAUAUAGCAAUUCAGGAAAAUAUUUCUGCGUCAUUUCUACAAAAUAUUUGUACAGGAUAUUUAUUUUUAAACUGUAUGAACUAAAAACUAAUUACAUAAGUGGAUGCAAUUAUUAUUAAAAUGAAUUUACGAAAACGCCUCAUCUUGGAAGGUAAUAUUUUGAUUUUUUUUCAGCCAUUUUUAAACUUAUUUAUAUUUUCUUUUGUUUGUUCAGGUAAACCACAUACAUGUAACCCGAAUGAGAUUAUUUGUGACAAAAAUUUCUGCAUCAGUGAACUUUAUGUAUGCGAUGGUGAUAAAGAUUGUGAGGACGGAACUGAUGAGUUUAAUUGUACAGGCAAGUACACAUCAGCAGAUUAAGUAAUUUACCCUUUUGUUCAUGUGCCUACAGUAUUAAUAAUAUUUUAUGCAGAAUUAUAAAUAACAUUGUAUAGAAAUACAUUUUAACUUAAUAUCUUCAGGUGGUGUCAUUUAAUGAUUGGGGGAUUACCAAUUUGAAGAACAAAUCAAAUCAGCCUUUUUUAGUAGAAUAAAAUAACAUUCUAAAGAAUAUGUAUGUAGCUUAAAAAAUAUAUAGGGAGUACUUGAUAUAUUCCUCUUACAAAUUUGUAAUAGAAAUGUAAAUUGCUAUUUUAUCUGAUCUUUAGUUUCCUGUGAUGUGGACAGUUUUGAUUGUGGUAAUCAGACAUGCAUCCCCAAAACCCAACUUUGUGAUGGUUUUGAUCACUGCAUUGAUGGUGCAGAUGAAUCCCCAUUGCAUUGUUCUUCUCAAGUUUCUUCUCAAACUUGUAAGUAAAUAUUGCAGGAAAUUUGUCUAGUUUACCACAUUAGUCUACAACUAUAUUGAAUUUCCCAUGUGCACAGUUACUAAAUUCAAUUAAGUUUUUAAUCACUAUCAAACCUAAACUUUUUGUUUUGCAGCAUGUGAACACAAUAAUGGUGGCUGUAUGCAUUUGUGCAAACCAAAUAUUAAUAGCACAGGCAGGACAUGUGAGUGCCGUCCAGGGUAUCAGUUAGCCAACCAUUCUAAUACAGAUUGCCAGGAUAUAAACGAAUGUGAGACACCUGGCACAUGCUCACAGAAAUGUGUCAACACUAAAGGAUCUUACAAAUGUGACUGUGAACCAGGUUACACAUUAAUUGUACCUCGUUACUGCAAAGCUAUUGAAGGUAAGAAUGAUCGGCUGUUUAAAUAUUGAGCUCUACGGUCAUUGUAAAUAUGUGCAGAAUAAAUGUAAAUCCACAAGCACCUAUCCCAUUACAAAUUGCAAGUGAAGAUGAUGCUAAUAUCCUAAUCAACAUGCUGUGUCGAAAACUUUAUUAGAAGUUUACAAAGUUAAGUUACAUCUAUUUCUCAAGCUUGUACUAUAGUGCCAAUAGGAAAAAGCAGAAUUUCGAUUCUGUUAAAAAUAAAAGAACUCGCAUUGUUUCUGAAUAGAAUUUAUCACAUCCCUCAACACUUGAGAUAUUUUUACCAAAUAUUAUGAUAAUAAACACCCCCACCCCCCAAAUUGAUUUACAUUUUUUAAAAUAAAAACCUACACAGUCAAAUUUUAAUUCUUAGUUACAAAUUUAUUAAUUUUACAAAAUAUAAUAAAUUCACAUAAAAAUGUCCUCAUUCCGAAUUUUUAAGUUUGUAGAUUUGCCAUAAUAAAAUGUAGGUGUCUUCUGCAAAUCAGUGUGGCCAUUCAUAUUAAGUUGUAUUACAAACAUUCACUGCUGAUUUUGCAUUUUAAGUGGAAAAUCACAAAUGAAUGGCAAUAUGGGACUGACAAAUUUAUAUUGCUAGUUAAGUUUAAACUUUCUUCUAAAUUGAUUUAUUCAAAACAGGAAAACAUGCUGUACUUAUCUUGUCCGAUAGUCAUGAACUUCGUCGUUACAGUUUGGAUGAGUUCCGUUAUUCCAAGCUUCUUGAAAAUCCUGUGCAAAGGGCUGUUGCAAUGGAUUUUAAUAUCAGGGAACAUAAAGUUUAUUGGACAGAUCUCCAGCAUAAACAAGUUUCUGUGUAAGUUUCUUAAUAGUCUACUUUUAAUGUGAUAAAUCGUUUCAUGCUUCAACAACAUUUAGCUGUGGUUGAUUUUUUCGAACACUCUGAAUUUUAUAAAAUAUAACAUAUGAAAUUGGGGAAUAUCUAAAAACCAAACUACAAACAUUUCACUAAAAAGUCAACAAACCAAGGUAUAAUCUGAAGAUCAGAAACUCUGAUGAGAAAGAAAGCAUCUUCAGUCUGGGACCCAUUCACCCAGAAGGGCAUCGACAGGCUGGAGGCAGUCCAACGGCGAGCAGCACGCUUUAUUCUGAACCAUACAAGAACACCUCCAGUGUUUGGUAGCAUGCUGGAAGCACUGGGGUGGUAACCAUUGGAGGAAAGAAGAUUAUCCAGAAAUAUCCUCUUCAAUACCAAGCACUGAUACAUUGCAAAUCCCUCUACAUUCAUUGAUCUCGGGACCUUAAUAUUAUAGAAGAAGAAGGAGGAUAUAAAGAUAACCUCAGCUAAUUGAACUUGGAAGUCAUAGUAAACAGGAAAUAACAUUGAACAGCAUGUAGAACUGACCCAAGAUAUCAAACAGUUUAAUAUGAUUUUCUUAUGCUUUAUGAUUUACUUUGACUUCCAACAGUGUGUAUUCUCCCCAAUUUACGCUGUAUUUAUAAGCUGCUGAUUCUAAGUAGAUUAUAUAUUUAAUAAAAAAAUAUUAUUAUAGAUUUCAUCAUUUUUAUUUCAUAGGGCUGGUGUAAAUGAUGUCAAUCAUAUGAAAGUGAUAGUUAAUGAAAGCAUUGUCAAGCAUCCAAUGAAAGUGAUAGUUAAUGAAAGCAUUGAUAUGCCGGAUGGCCUUGCUGUUGAUUGGGUGCAUGGUAAUUUGUACCUUUCCGACACUGGACUGGACAAAAUAGAAGUUUUACGUUUGAAUGGCAGUCAUCGGAAAAUUUUGGUUAAUACAGAUCUUGAUGAACCCAGGGCAUUAGUUUUGGAUCCACAAUACGGGUAAGACUGCUUAACUUAUGUUGCUUAUUUUAUUGUUGCUUGACUUAUUGUUGCUUGACUUAUUGUUGCUUAACUUAUUGUCAGUUAAUAUGGAGUAAAAAUUUGGAAUAGUUACCAAUCAAAUUUGCUUCUGGAAAGUGAUAAAGAAAUUCAAUUGGGUGUUUAUUAUAAUUUUUUUAGAUGGAUUUACUGGUCAGAUUGGGGUGUCCAACCAAAGAUUGAGAAGUGCGGGAUGAAUGGCCAAAAUAGGAAAUCCAUUAUCACCAAACAUAUCGCAUGGCCUAACGGUUUGACAAUCGGUAAGUUAACACUCUGAUAUAAUUCCUCUUGCACUGGAAAUUUACUAAGGAGGCCAGUAUAUUAGUGAAUAAUUUUUCUGUCAUGUUGGUGUCUCAAAAAAAAUUUCAAAAACUUGUCAUAAUCAUGAAUGAAAAGGUAUAUCUUAAAUUGUUUUAUCUUGGAAUGCCACUAUCAAUUAUUGCAGCAUUCUCUAUGCCAGCAUUCCCAGUGGUCAGCGCUAGUCCGGGAGCCUUAUGUUGCCCGUCUGAACGACAUGAAAAUUUAUGUUCAAUUAAAAGAAAAUAAAUCUGUCCCUAGUGCAGCUUCGAAACUUGUCCACUGGUCCGCCAAAAUUAAAAGAUUGGGAGAUGCUGCUUUGGGCCAUGCCAUUGUUAAAACUCUUCACCAAGAAUAAAAUUGGUAUGGUAAACAUAGAUUGUAUAUUAAACGUAGAUCACUUUUUCUCACAGAUUACAUUCAGAGACGCCUUUAUUGGGUUGAUGCAAAGCUGCACACAAUUGGAAGCAGUGACCUUGAUGGCAAUAACUAUAAGUUGAUACUGAAGAAUCAUGGCUACCUUGGCCAUCCAUUUGGCAUAACUGUCUUUGAAGACUACCUCUACUGGACUGACUGGAUGACCAAUGGUGUUUUCAAAUACAGUAAAUUUAGUCAGGGCAAUGUGACCCACGUAGUCAUGAAGCUGAAGACUCCAAUGUGUAUUCAUGCUUAUCACGUCGUAAGACAGCCCUCUCGUAAGUCAAUUAAUAUUUUAACAUUCUUAAGAAUUGAACAAUCCGACCUCCAGUAAAAACUAACAAUAAGGCUAAUGUUUUUCUUCUUUAUGUUUUUUGUGUCUGCUCACAUAUUAUUGAAUAUUAUAAAGCACUGAUCAUAUUGACAGUUUUAUUUUAUAAAUAUUUUUAACAAUAACUUUUUAAGUUUAAUGGAAAAUUUAAAGAUUAAACACAGUAAAACCUCUGUUAUGCGACCCUCUCUUAAACAACUUCCUCCAAUAUAUGACCGGUAAAAAUUCACCAAUGCUUUGUACUAUAUAAACGACCUCUCUUAAACCACUCCCUCUAAAACGUGAUUUUAAACAACUACCAUACCAGCAUUGAUUUUUAUUUUGGAAUUUAUGAGGAACAGGAAGAUAGUGACUGUAUUGAGACAGAGUUUAAUCUAUAUUUCUGAAUGAAAGAUGGUAGAUAUUGACUAUAUUUAAUGGUAGGCCUACGUGUAUUUUUUUUUUUACUUGUUUAAUUAAUUUUUUAAAUGCCGUUUUUCGAAAAUGUCCUGCCUCUUUUUUAAGACCCUCCUCCAAUUUACGACCUCGUUUGAAUGACAAUUUAAAGGUCGUAAAACUGAGGUUUUACUGUAUUAAGUUGGCAUCUGAUUUUACACCGAGAACAAUAUCCUUGACCAGAUGUUUAAAGCUAUGAAGAUAAUUAUUAUUAUUAUUAUUGCUUUAGUUACUAUCAUUGUAUUCUUUUUUUUCAGCUAUGAAUCACUGUGGUGACAAUAAUGGUGGCUGUAGCCACCUAUGUCUCCCCAAGCCCCAUGAAGGAGUUGUAGCACCCACUACUCCAAACUAUGAAUGUGCUUGUCCUGAUGGAAUGAAAUUCGGAGAAGGGGAGGAAAAGCACCACUGUGUUCCAUGUAAGUGUAAUCAAAAUUGUUUGCUUUGCCAUGUGUUCAAUCCACUGCCAUCAUUUUCUUGUUUUUGUCUGCUCAUUCCUUUGACAGAACAGUCCUCAUGUGCCAUAUGGAGGGAAAAACAACACACUAUUAAUAAGCACUAUUCUGAUAAGAUUUCAUCUAUUUCUACUUCAGCUAUAUCAACUCCCCUAGCUGCAAGUCUACAUGUCUGAAACUUCUUAGUUAACUUCUCCAAUUAAUAGUUAAAGUUGAAGGAGAUUAAAAAAAAAUUCAAAUCCUUGACAUUUUUAACUGAGAAUCCCUAAGAGAGAGCAAAACAAUUUUUUAAAAAACAUUUUUGAGUUGCGUGUGAAUAAAAAAAAUGUCACAACUUUGAAAUAAAGAAGACAUUGAGAAAAACUUGCUAUGGCAUGAAAAUAGUUUAUAUUUAAAUAUUUCUCCACAUUGAUAGAUUUUCAUCUGUGCUGUGUUCAAUAAUGCUAGCUCUAUUACUAUUUCAUACUUGUUUUCAAAUUAUUUGUACAAAAUAAUUUUGCUUCUUGAUAGUCAUGAAUGUUCAUUUCUAAUAGGGGAAUUACAUGUUUUAAAGAGAAGAGUGGGAACCAUGACAAUGUUCUAUUUGAUAAAUACUAAUUUUUUAAGUUAUAGUAAAGAAUAGUGUGACGGUAUAAAACCAAAAAGAUAAUACAAUGCAGCAAAAAUAUACAUAUUUUGUGUAUUCUGGUAAUACUUUUUAUGUCAGGGUGACUCUAAGCUAACGGAAUGUGUUUGAAGAAUGGUACAUCAUUCCUAUAAAUCUUUUUGUUUCAGCACAUGAGGUGGUAACAAAUAAAAUCCCAACAGAUCAAGGGAAAGACAUGUCCAAUCCAAACCGUUUGCCAUACACAAUACAGACUCCACCAGAAACACAAACAACAACAAAGUCCUCUUCAAGUCAAGAGACUCAAACAAAUUUCAACCAGGGUGAAACAACAGAUGGGGUGAUCCCUGCGUUAAAUGGCACAAAUAGUCAGUUGGCACACAAAGAAUCUGAAGGAAAUGGCAGUGUUGCAAUAAUUGUCAUCGUUAUCGUGUUUGUGCUAGGUGUUACUGUCGCUAUUGUGAGUAUAAAGUUUAUAUCUAAAAUUUUAAUAAUGAUCUAGUGAAGGGUAUUAGAAAUCUAAGACAUAGUUUUUAACAUUUUAUUAAAAAUCAGCCAUAGUUAAAAUUAAUACAGAUCUUUUACUAGUCAUACAAACUGUAAUUAUAAAAAUAAACAAAGGCACCUUGUAACCAUCUUUGGUUUAUUUUAAUAAAGUAAACAUGUCUAAACGUCAUGGUUUUAACGUAAAAAACCUUUUCUCUUUCUCCCAUCCCCCUCUCCCACUCAUCCUUUAAAAAAAAUUAAAUUCUCUUUUUAUCUUUAAUAAUAUCACCACUCGAUUUAGUAAUUACAUUCAAAUCAACAAAUUCAAGCGAUGCUGCAAACAAAACUUCAACCGUGUAGUUAAUAGAGUACAUUAGGAUUAUCAUUUGUAUUGUAAAUUAAUUUAUAAUUGAAAUUAUAAGUAUUCUUUUAACUACAGGGUUAUUGUGAUACCUGGUGGCAAACUAUAACCUUGGUUAAAAUUAAUAAUUAAUAAAAAUAAAUUAUUUCUUUAAAAAAAUAUGUCAUAUUUAUUAAUUUUCCUGUUAUUUCUACCCAGAUUGUUGCAUUGCUGAUAAGAAGACAUAAGAGGAAAAAUGUCAAAUCCAUGAAUUUUGAUAAUCCAGUAUAUCGCAAAACAACCACUGAUGACCAGUUGAUUAUGGAGAAAAAUGGAUCUAGAUCGAGUCUGCCAUCAGUAAGUUCAUUUUUUAGAAAUUUUAAAGAAAAUAGAGAAAUGCAAAUCAUAUAGAAUUGAUUCAAAUUUAGACUUUUUCUUCCAUUCAUCUUAAGUAGAUGGGACUGAACAAAGCUAUCUUAAAGUAAUGCAUAAACUCAAAUAUUUUAUUAACACACUUAAACUUUAUAAACUUGGUGUUUUCUAGUUUAUUAUUAUUUUUUUUUACAGAUUCUAAAGCCAUUGACACAGGAUGUGGAAAUUGUAUGAUAGUUCAAGCCAAAUAAUUCAUCUCAGCAUUUCAAACUCAAAUAUUUUACAAACAAGAGCUUAAACACUCUUUCAUCUGUUAAAAACAAAAGGGUAUUAAAACUUGUCUUCACUAACUAAUAAACUGACAAACAAUCACUGAUGCAAAGCCAGCAUACUACUUCAAAGAGCAGGCCCAAGAUGACACACUUCAUGUGCUUAACAAAAUGAUCUUGCAGUACACCGAAUUGCCACCCAGAUCAAUAACUUAUUAUUGUGAUCAAAUUGAAGUCAGAGAUGGGAAUAUUAGCAAAUGCUAUUCAAGGAUGCCACUGGAACCUUUAAGUGGCUCUAUUAAUUCACAGUACUUUUCAACUCCGAAAAGUUGGGAGGAUUGCUGAAGGACUCAGCUCAAUAAUACUGCAACCUGACAGGCCUUUCUAAAAAUCAUAUUGUGUAACAGUUGCUGUUGAAGUGCUCAAGUCACUCAGUGUAUUGCAGUAUUGUGCCUUUAAAUUAUCAAAGGAAUCAAAGUUCAAUCAUUUUUAAAUCGGUAGUAGACAGUAGUUAAAAAGGACAUGAUUUUUGUUUCUGCCAUUAGAUUUCCCUACAUGAUUAGUCAAAGACGGUAUGUGCCCUUUCUGACUUCAUUUUCAGGACCUUCUCCUCGAAUCCAUGUAGCAGUCCGGAGAAUCUCUUUCAAUGAUGGACUGCUGCAUAAUAAGACUGAGAUGCUUUAUUGUUGGAGCAUGAACUUGAACGAAAUAAUACUUUUUUCUUUUUUUAAAAAAUGUGUGGUUCAAUUUAUUUUUCCUUCUGAUUAUUGCCUGGGUGUUUAAAGCACCAAGGUUUUUGGUGAUAUUGUGAAUACAUUGGAUGGUGAAUUGUUUAUGAUAGGUUGAACUGCAGGCUGUGAUCUUGUGUAAUCAUUAGAUUUAUUUAGUCCUUUUUAUUUUAUAUCUUUGAAUCUUCUGUUAGCUGCAAAUAUAUCUGAUGAAAUGUGACUGAUACAAAAAUAUAUUUAAAAAAACAAGCCAUACAACUCUUUUACUUGGUAAAUAUUUAUUUUACAUCAUUUAGUUUUUUUUAACAGGCCUUAAAUUAUAAGUACUCCAUUUGCAUCAAUAACUCACCUUCAUAAUUUUGGGGAAAAGGAGGAGCCAUCUCUAUUAUAUAAAUUGAUAAGAUUUGUUUUACCUCAUUGGACAAAUAUGCAAUUCAUGCAAAGGUUUACUACUAUGUAAUGCACCAAUUUUGUCUGAAUUGAUAACCUGUUAGUUUGAUGCAUUAUAUGAUCUAGCUUGAAGGUUAACAUGCACUGGUAUUAAACAAGAUAGUGCCUUCAUGCUCACAGUUUUUUUUUUUUUUACAAGAUGUAAUUCAGGUAUGAGAUUUUUAUUAAUUCAAUUCACAUUUUCAUCAGCUUUAUUGUAAGAAUAUCGUUUGUAGUAAUCUUAUGUAGAAUUGAGUACUGGGUACUUUUGAUUUCAAACACUCAAAAACAGUAGUUUGAGUCUACAUCAAUGUCAACAUUGCUUAUCAGAAUUCAUUUUCUAUAUAAUUUUAAGUGCGUGUAAACAUUUCUUUAUUUUCUAUAUAAUAAGUAAAUUAGGUGAACUUCCUUUUUUUUCCCCCCAUUAUUUUCAUCAAUGCAUUCCAAAUAAUCCCUUUUGACCCACUUAAUUAUUGUGCCCUACAAAUAUAUCUAAUAGCUGCUACAUUGUAACUGAACAGUUACUAUACAAAUUCCAUCAUGUUCUAUCCAUCCCUUGCUCUUUUCCCCUCAUAUAUUAAGAAAUUUACCAUCUGUAUAUGAAAUAGUUACUUCCAAUAUUCUCAGAACUAAGUAAAUUAUAGUUUGUUUCAUGGGGGGGGGGGCACUUUAAAAAGAAAAUGCCUUAGUUUCAAUUUACUAAAGUGAUCUGACUAUAAAAUGAUAAUGCAUUUUAUUUUUAUGUUUAUAAUAAUUUAAUCCCUUUAAUGUGCACAUAUUUUGCCACUAAGUCCCUAUCAUUUUUUUAAAGAGUUGAUGAAUUUCAUGGUCCGGUGCAAUUUGUCAUGGCAUGAAUCACACUCAUUUAAAAAGUUGGGUCAAACUAAAAAGGCUUAACAUUGCAUUAAAAUUUCAUCUUGAAUUCUAAUGGAUAGUGCCAAAUGUUCUCCACUUAUUAAACUGGCAGGUGUAUACACUGUAUUGGUAAAACAAGAUUUUUAUGUGUAAUUUACCUCUGGAAAAUAACUAGAAUAUUAAUCAGCUUUGCCAUUAUUUAAAUUACGUGUGGAUUUGUUUUGGAUGGCUCGUUAGCAAAUUAUAAUUUUGUAAAUACAUGUAAAAUUUACCUGCCCAAAAAUGCCAAUCCUUGUAACAUAUCAUCUAUGCUCUAGCUAAUGCUUUAAAACUGAUCUUUUCAUGAAAUUUCUUUAAAAUGUGUAAUACGCUAGGAUUUCUUUUUUUUUUUAAAUUCUGUUAUUAAUGGAUUUACAUUUGUACUAUUUCAACAUCUAACAUCUCUACUUGUUAUGCAUUCCUAAAAUAAUUAACAACUUUUUGAAGCUUUAACAAAGUUAAGUUCUAUUUUUCUAACCUGUUUGAUAUGUUAAUUUCUAUUAAAAUCUAUUGAGAUCUGUUGACUGUGUUUUAAAAAAAACAAAGAAAUUAAGUUUAUCAUUAUUUAUUUUAUUCAGUGGAAUCUCUUAAAAGGAUGAAUUAUACUCAAAGAUGAAGAUGAUUAUGCCCGAGGAUGAAUGUAAUUUAUUUGUGUGCUAAUUGUUGCUAACGCUUAAAGAACUGGUUCUUAUAUAAUUGUCUCUACCUUUGACAGUUUGUUACAAUGCUUUGAGCUUAUCUAUCAAAUGAAAUUAUUUCAUCAAAUUUUUUUGCUGUUGAAAUUGUAUUGCUUGAAUAACUGUACAAAUUGUAUAAACAGGUUUAAAUUACAAAUUAUAAAAACAAAUUAGUAACCCAGCUUGUAUUUUAAAAGAAACUGGUGCAUUCCUCAGAAAUACCCAUUUUUCAAAAGAUUUGUGCAAAAGUGUCUGACUGUCUGCAAGUUAAAUAUGUUUCUCCAAACUGUCAAUGGAUACUUAUGAAUAAAAUUCAUGUUUAAUGUAAUUUAUUGUAAAAAAAUUUUUUUUAGUAAUCUCAUGUUGAUUGUACAUUUUUUAUUGAAACAUUUCUUGUUACUUUCAUCUAUUUAUUGAAAUAUGUUUUGUUUAUGAUGCCAUGUGUUGCUAAUUACUGGGAAGUGUUAUAUGGAUCAGUGAGAAAAGUGAUGAUUUACUACAUGGAUCAGUGAGAAAGGUAUUGAUAUUAUAUUAGACCUUUGAGUGAGAAAGUUACAAAGAUUAAUUAGAAAAGAUGACUGAGAAAGGCAAAGAGUGACAAUUACUUUUAGAUAGAUCAUUGAGAAGUGUUCAGUUGGAUGAUGAUUUUUUUUUAAAGCAUCUUCUUGACAAUGUCUGUGUUUGAAUGGAAACAAAGAAGAAUGUUAUCCAGGCUGAGUUAAGAAAAUGUUUAGCAGUGUUUUUGUUUUUUUUUGGUUCUUGAAAGUAAUGUUUGCUUAAUUUAAAUGAAUAAAGUAUGUUAACAAAUAUUGGUCACCUCUCAUCUUCAUUUUUGUGAAAACUUGUUAACUAGUAGUUAAACUUUUACUCUUUGUUUACAAUCUAUUCAUGGAAUUUAAGAUAUUCCAUUAUAAUUUUCAAUAAUUAAUUUUAAAAAAUCUUUUAUGGAUUUCCAAUUUAAUUGUUGAAACAUAAGAAUAAACUCCAAGUGGUCAAAUAGCUUGAUAUAUUUUAUUUUAAAAUGAGCAGCAGCACAAUUCUCUUUUUAAAAAGAUAAUUCCAGUUACACAAAAACUUUGUUCAGAUUAUUGCAUACAUAAGGGCACUGAAAAUCAAAAAAGUUUUGGAACCACUGGUCGACAUCAUUUUUUUUUGUUUGAUAUUUAAAAGGAUAAUUGAAUUGC